AUGAAUGAAAAUGUGUUUCAUAAUUCUGAAGUUGCAAAAAGUACUAACACGGCCGGUUUCACCAUUCGGAUCACCACCGAGCUGGAUUCCUUGAAUUUGUUGGACUCCCCGAUUACUUUUACCGGCCACCACCUCCGGACGAUUCGCCACCGUUCCUCUUCUGCUUAUCAUCCUCUCUUUAGAAUGAAGAUCGGCCGCCGAGGCCGAGCUGCCGUGGUGGUUCUCGGUGACAUCGGCCGGAGCCCCCGUAUGCAAUACCAUGCCCUUUCUCUCGCUCGUCAGGCAGGUUUGGAAGUCGAUAUUGUGGCCUAUGGAGGUUCGGACCCACAUUCUGCCUUGUUACAGCACAAAUCUAUACAUCUGCAUAGAAUGACACAAUGGCCAUCCAUUCCUCAAAAUUUUCCAAAGUUAUUUCGUCCCUUAAUGCUCGUGUUCAAAGCGUUAGUGCAAACCUGUAUGCUCCUUUGGUAUCUUUGUUAUAGGAUACCUGCUCCUGAUGUUUUCUUAGUUCAGAACCCUCCCUCAGUACCUACAUUAGUAGCUGUAAGAUGGGCCAGCUGGCUGAGACAUUCAGCUUUUGUUAUAGAUUGGCAUAACUUUGGUUACACACUUCUCGCAUUGAGUCUUGGGAGGACUAGCAUUUUUGUAACUAUAUAUCGAUGGAUCGAGAAGCAUUAUGGGAGGAUGGCAAAUGGUUCCUUAUGUGUAACAAAGGCUAUGCAACAUGAAUUGGAACAGAACUGGGGGAUCAAAGCCACUGUCCUUUAUGAUCAGUCACCCGAAUUUUUUCGGCCUGCUUCUCUUCAAGAGAAGCAUGAGCUGUUUUGUAGGAUUGCCGACAAGCUUAACCAACCAUAUGAUCUUAAAGACUGCAUAAGUUAUGGAAGUGGUGAGAAAGAUCCAAGUUCCACUCUAUUUACAACUAAAGUUAGCGAAGAUGUAACUAUGAAGCAGAACAGACCGGCAGUCAUCAUUAGCAGCACAAGCUGGACUCCAGAUGAAGACUUCAGCAUCCUUUUGGAGGCAGCACUCAUGUAUGAUAGAAGGGUGGCAGGUUUACAUAAUGAAAAUGACUCGAUUGAGGAGGAAAUUUUGUGGAAUGAAAUUUGUAAUGGAAAGCAAUUUUUGUAUCCAAGGUUGUUAUUCAUAAUUACUGGCAAGGGACCUGAGAGAGAGAAAUAUGAACAGAAGAUAAGGAAGUUGAAACUCAAGCGAGUAGCAUUUCGCACUAUGUGGUUGUCCGCAGAGGAUUAUCCAUUACUUCUUGGUUCAGCCGACCUCGGUGUUUGUCUGCAUACAUCUUCAUCGGGGCUGGAUCUACCAAUGAAGGUCGUGGAUAUGUUUGGCUGUGGAUUACCAGUUUGUGCAGUUUCUUAUUCUUGCAUCCAGGAACUUGUUGAAGUUGAUAAAACUGGCCUGCUCUUUUCAUCAUCAUCUGAACUUGCAGAUCAGUUGAUGAUGCUAUUCAAGGGGUUUCCAGAUGAAUGUGAUGCAUUGAGUUCGCUGAGGAAGGGUGUGUUAGCAAAGGCAUCUAGUACAAAGUGGGCAACUGGAUGGGAAGAAAACGCAAAGCCUUUACUAUCCGAGAUAGUAUUGAGUAGUUUUGAAAGUGGCUUGAUGUGA